AACCAGCGCUUAAAUUAAGAUUCGUUAUAUUCGUUUCAUGCUUAACUGUAUACUGCAGUGUUUAGAAACUGCUGGAAAUAUUUACAUUUGAAUUUGUGUUUGAUAAGAUUGAUUGUUUAAUAUUUUCAUGAUUGGUACUGAAGGAAUUUUAGAAAUGGGUUGACUCUUAGAAAUCAGGAUACUGUGCCGUGCUUUCUUUUCCUCAGUUUGAUGUGAAUAUUUGGUUUGGAAUUGAAAAGUGGAUUUUAUGCAGAUUUGUAUAUAUUUAUCAUGUUUAGGACUUAACUUAAUAAAAGCCUAGACAUGUAUAAAGAUCUUAAAUGUGAAAAUUAUUUGGAAUAAGAAAAACCAAUAAAAACAGAAUUUUUAAACAACAGAAUGUUCUAUAUUUGGAAAAUUUUGUGUAAGGAAAUGUGAUGGAAGAAAUUUCCCACAGAAACGUCUAAUUCGAUAUAUAUAGCUAUAUAGCGGAAGGAAGCUAUGUAAAAAAUCAAUGCGCCUAUAUGGUUUAUUGACUGUCUCUUACAGCCAUUAAUAGACAACCUAUAAAAUGUUGCCUAAACUAUUGAAGUAUUAUAUUAUUUGUUUAUAAUUACUGACGUCAGAGAUUUGUUGUGGAAAUGAAAUUCUUUGAUUUCAAGGGAUUGGUUGGCAAAGCCUGGGCUGGCGGAACUCAUGUGAUAACAGGAAACAUUAACCAGCCAAUCAAAUUUAAUUUAACAAACAUGGAAGAAAAGAUCUGUGAUAAUCAAGUGACAAAUGAACAGAAAAGUGAUGCUGAAAAUGAACAGGCUCAGGUGGACAAUACAAAACAACUAACCAAUAAGAUUCUUAACAAGCCUGAGUUAAAAUUUGUAUCCAAUCCUGUCACCUGGCAACAAAUGUCACCUAAAAAGGAAAAGAAAGGAUCCUCUAGUGGGAGCAGUGAUUGUUCAUCAUCAGGCGACUCACACACUAGUGGACUCAAAACUUGGGCAAGUGUCAAAAAGAAUAGUGUGGAAAACAUGGAAAUGAAAUCAAAUUCCAAUUCUGGGCAUAGCAGUUCAACAUCAUCGUCUUCCUCGGGUGGUAGUCCCACACGGACAUGGUCCUCUAUCAAACAGGAGGCCAAUAAAAAUAAUGUUGCAAAUCGGAAAGAUAGUUCGCCUACGAAAAAGUGUUUGUCAUGUGAUUCUCAGGAUAAUGAGGUCAUAAUAAAAAAUUUACAAAAUAGUCCUGAUCAUAAUACUAUAGGAAAGUUAGAUGAAAAUAGUGGUUUGGACAAUUUCUCAUUCAGUUCAAAAACAUCUCCAAAUCAUAGUGAUAAAAAAGUUAUAAGAAAAACUGAUUCCAAUGAUUGUGAUAAUAGCAGUACAAGUUUACCACCAGGUGGCUCUUCACAAGAAGAGGGAUUUAAUAAUGACUACUUCUAUGAUGAAGAUUUUACAGUGCAAUUUGAUACAAACUUACGUGAAUCUUCCCCGCCAAAUUGUACGUGUCCCGAUCCUUCAGAUGAUGUUGAAUUUCCUAACAUGGUGACAGGAAGUUAUUUAAGCUUUAAAAAUGUGAAAUCGGCAGGAAUAAUAAAUCAAGAUGGACAUGAACUCUUUUGUCCGGAAGAAUCAGAAAUAUCUGUCAGUCAUCAUUCUAAUAUGGACGUGUCAACAAGUGAACGUGAAAUGAUGUGCUCGAGUGAUAUGUUGGAAUUUAGUGACAAUCCACUGUUCACACCUCCAUUGUCUGGAGAUGUCCACAUGGCAUCACAGGAAGAUUCCACCGAUAGUCUCGACAAGGCUGGCAAGGAGAAAAACAAUCAGGAUAUAAAUGGAAGUCAGACUUCUAGUGACGGCAAUUUAAAUUUAGACUGCUUUCCACGAAAAGAAGAGUACUUUUUGUCAUUUGAUGGCUCACAAGGUCACACUGAGUCGUAUUCUGAGCAAAGUAACUCAAUGAACUCAAACUGCUCAAGUCAAGGUCAGAACAGUUACAGUCAGAAUCAUGUAAAUGCUUGUUCAAAUGAAGAUGUUGGAGACGAGUCAUCUGAAAGCUUUCACAUAUGUAUGUCAGGUAAUGCAUACCAUAAAAAGCCUGCUGUUGGAAGUAGACUUGCUAAAUUCCAAACUCUUACAGCGCUACAAGAACAAACAAGUGAGUUGUCUGGAUCUAGUGAUUAUUCUGAUGAAAAACCUUGUAGUGAGCCAGUCACCUCCCCUACUAAAAGAACGUUCAGAAGGUUGUCACCAUCAAAGGGGAGACAAUUCCGAAUAGGUCAGAAAAUUUGUUUUGCUUGUCAUCUAAAUAAUUCCUGUGGGGAUGACCACAGUUCUCCCACAAGGUCAAGGUCAAAACAAAAGACUGUUACCUCAUGGAAGCAAGUUAAAAGUUUAAAAAAGUUAGGUAAAUUGGACAAUAUCUUAGAUCCUUCUAGGAGUAGGAGUAUGCCGGAUAUUUGUUUACAUACAUGGAGUUCUGGAUCAUCACUAAGUUGUCAUGGACAUGAUGUUCAGAAGAUUGCUGAAAGUUUUCAUUGUAAGCGACAUUCUGCAUACCUGUUGGAUUUAUACCAGAGAGUCAGGAACCAGUCUAAUCCAGUCUCUCCUGAAUGUAUGGCAAAUAUUGAACAAAUUUUGUUCCAUAAUGUGAUCUGUAAAGAACAGAAGUUAGGGAACAGCUCACAUAUUUGUGUGUUCUGUGGUGCUGGUUCUGAUAACACAUUGACUGGAAGUCACCAGGUAAGCAAGGAAGGAAAGCUAGGAUACUAUACAAACAAGAGAAUCCUUGAUUGGCUAGAUAAAGAUAAGAUAGAUAAUAGAAAACACAAGAGUUGUCAGACUGAAAGCUUAACACAAAGUAAAGAUACAGCGGUGUCUCCUACAACAGUAACUCUAUGGUGUGGAACUAAAAACUUUGGAACUCAGUUCCCACCUUGUGCAAAAGAUUGUUCCAUUCAAACAAAUGUUCAUGAGCUGGAUGACAAUAUGAAGGAUUACGGUCAGCAGACGACACCCACAUUAGAGGGAAAACCAGUGAUACCAGAGGUACAUGUUAAACAAGUUAAAAGAGAAAAAAUAUUGAAACCAUCUAGACCAGUGAACAACACGAACAAAGAAGAGGGAAAUUCAUUAGACAAAAGUGACUUACUUAAACUUAUUUCUCAUGAUUUUAAAGAAAUUGAUAAACUUUUGCCACAGCAUGAAUUUGUUAAGACAAAACAUGGACCAAUUCCUAGAUCAAAAAGUGCUGACUCUACAAAUAGAAAACAAAUCCCUGUCCCAGGAUUUGAUUCUAAAUCCUUGUUUUAUUCACACAAAUCUCUACCAGAUUUGAGUUUUAUAAACUUAAAACACCUUGAAGAAAAACAGGAUGAUGGUUCAUUAAUGUCUUUAUUUGACCCGUUACCAAUAGCAAUGCCAGUUCCUGUUUUUAUUCCAGCUGUGGUCAAUAGCAACAAGGUGACAAAAAGUCUCAGCACUAAGAACUCUUUUGAUAACUUAUCUCAUUCUUGCCGAAGUAGUUCAAAAACUAGAGGCAAAGGUCACAGGUCACAUUCUGCACCAGCUAGAUCACACAAUUCUCAUUUGAUUCGCAAUUGUCAUGAAUCUGGGUCAAGUAGUAGUGGGUUCACAAGUUCAACAUCAUCAGGGAUUGACCCUGGAUACAGUGAUAGAUGUAUGCACAACAGUAGUCCAACAACUGACAUUGAAAGACUCAUUUUCUACCCUCCUCAUGUAGAGAAUACAUGUAAGGGAGACAACCUGAGUGAGAAUUUAAGUGAUAGUGGUAAUACUAGUUUACAUCAAAAUCCAGAACGACAACGGCAGCACUGGAAAUCCUCAAAACCUACUGAUAAAAAGGUCAAUCGUUAUGCUAAUGAAAUACACCCUGGAAACAUUGAUUCAAAGAUUAAAACAAAAACCGUCAAAAGUCCUGGAACAAAUAGCAAUACAAGUCAUUCUUCAUCUAAUAGUUCAUUACAUUUGGAACAUCUCUAUUCUUUACAAGAAGAACAAACACCGGUUUCAUCUCCAGAAAGAGACUUAUGUCACCAUGAAAAUGACUAUCUUUAUGGAAAUGCAUAUUGUGUGAACUGUUGUAAAGGUCGAGAACAAGGUCAUAUAGAACAUUGGGAGAAUGAGGAAGUUGUUGUUCGCAGACGUAAAUUUGAUUAUCACAUUCAGUUAUCGAGUGAAUCAGGCUCAUCCGGUAGUGGUAGUUUCUUCCCUAAUUUUGACAAAAAACCAUUGAAAUCUUGUCUUCGUAAAAGACAGUUUUUACGUACAAGGUCGUUAUCAGAUCAUUUUGACCUUGGCCAACAAGAUGAACAAACGAAGGAGGAUCGUAAAAAGAAUAGACACUCGUAUGCAUGUGAGGAAAUAAUACUUCUUCAGGACGAAACAGGUGAAUAUUUUGUCUGUAAGAACAAUGAAGAUGAGGCUGAACCUGUUGUUUUCUAUCUUGAAGACAAACCAGCAGAGGACAAAGAGAAAACUGUUGUAAAAUUGCGUCCAAAAAAGAUUGAAGAAAAACUAAAAGAUGCAGAUACUGAUUCUUGUGAGAAGGAAUUAAAUGGUAAGAGAAAGAGUGUCAGUUUUGCAUCAGAAGUGUCAUUCCAUGCAAUAAGUCCACACAUGUCACCAAAACGGCAACAAAAUAGUGGUGGCAGUGAACAGGAAGUGAUGUCAUCAGAACAAGAGCAAGUCAUAUCAUCAGAGCAACAGGAAGUGAAGUCUUCUGAUGAGGAAGUUAACUCAAUAAAGAAUCAACAAGAAAUUGAAAAUGAAAAAUCCAGCUCAGACUCAGAUGAGGCUCCUCCUGUAGACUUUCAGGUUUCUCCAACAGGGGAGGUUACUCCUACCAAUGAUCAUGUGGAGAGUACAGAUAAAGACCUAAGAAAAGUUUUAUUGUCAGAUAUAAGCAGUGCUGCUGAAUCCCUAGUCGAACAUUUCGCUUCGGCCAAAAAUCCUUUUGACAAGCUUCGACUGGGGAGUUCUGCUGACACUCCAGAUAUUGGUGACCUUGCGCUGUCAAGGUUAUGUCCAGCUAUAUAUAGGGUGAUAAACGACGGCCUGAAACCACACCUAACAGGAGUUCAGGUUUUUGGACGAGUGCAAGUUACUGCCUGGAAACUAGCAGAGGCCUCUGUUGAACAAGGUCCAUACACCAGAGCUAUUCAUGACCUUGUCCAGCAGCUUAAAGGUCACACAGGUCUCGUAUCCCAUAGCAACAAGUUUGAUGCAUUUAUAUUUGGUCUUCUAAAUUUGAGAUUAGUGGAUUACUGGAUGGGAUAUUUAAGACACAACAGUUCCAUUGUGGAAAAGUAUUACAAUCAGGAUUCAGUUAUGUCCCUUAGUGGAACUCUCUAUGAAAGGAAGUACAGUGAGGUACUGAUAUCACUACAACCACUAGCAGUAUUACCAUUUCAACUUAGCAUUGAAUUCAUCACAUCUCGUAUCAGUUUGCAGGGAUCAGAAACUACCUCUGUUGGAAAAGAUUUAAGUCCCAAGAAAGAUAACUCACCUAUGGAUCAUUGCAUGAACGACUCUUUCUCUAAAGAAAAGGCAAUUAUAGGAGUAGCUGCUUCUAAAGCUUGGGAUUGGUUGAAAAAUGGUGCUGCAGCAAAAAGUCCCAGUGAUGAAAUCCCAAGUCCACCAGUUUUGAUGGGAAAUGGAAUGAUAUCAAGUAUAACUGGAAUCCUGGGUAAAUUAUCUGGUACUUUAAAAUCUGAAGACAAAAAGUGUAUGGAGGAAGGAAAAGAAGUUAUUGAAACAACAAAAACAGCAGUAAAAAGUAAUGCAGAUGUAGAAAGACCUAUCUUGGCUACAGGAUUAGUAAAUAAUCUACAGACUGACAUUCCUCCAGCCAAACCACCCAGAACUUCUCUUAAAUUAGAACUGCCAAAGAAUGAAUCUACUGUUGAAGCAGCAGCAGUAGAUAUCAGUCAGACAGGAAUUCAGGAAAGGAGACUAAGUGGAGAUAACUCUGUUCAAUCUUUACCUAGUGAUAGUAGUACAAUGAUGAGUUCUAUUAGUGGAAUUGCUGGAAAACUCUUAGGAAUCAAUACAGAAAUGCCCAAGAAAAAUGAAAAUGGUACUACUGCUAAAAAAUCACUUCCUGUUAAGAAAGAAAAGUCAGAUGGUACAGAUGUUGAUCUUGAGAAAACAAAAUCAGGGUUAAUUAGACUCUUUGAUAAAUUACUUUUGCCCAGAGAUUCUAGUAAAAAGGAGCAGAAAUUAAAAUCAAGAUGGAGUUGGGGUUAUGGUCAAGGUCAACAGGUUAAACCACUUUCAAUAGCGACAAAAAAUGUCCCAGUCAAGAGUGAAUUAAAGUCGCCAGGUCAGUCAUCACAUAGUAAGUUACCAGCAUAUACAGGGAAGGGAAGUAACUCACAGUCAAAAGGUGCAACAGCAGCUGUCCCAUCAAAACUGGUACCUAGAACAACAGUAAAAUUAAGUGGGUCCAGUAUGAAAAGUUCUGACAACAGCUUAAAGAUGUCAAGCAAUAGUCAGGAAAAACAAAAGGAAAGCUCUGGGAAAACAGUAAGGGAAAAAUCUGUUAUGAAGAGCAAGGUACCAGUCAGAAAAGCAGCUAGUCAAAAAUCAGUGAAAGAAAAGUCAAAACCAGUGGAGCAAAAAAGUGAUAAAGUGCCAAAAGUAAAAGAAAAUAAAUGGCAAGGGGGAAUAACCCUAAGUGCAUCAUUGGAAGAAGGACCAACUCUAAAAGCACCACCAUCAGUGACACAAAUGGUGGCUAAAUUUGAGAGUAAAAUUGACAGAAUAAGUAUUGAAAAGGAUGAAGAAAAAAUAGAAAAUAUUGAACAGGAAGUGCCUCAAGGGAAAUGGAAUACAGAUGAUAUUGUUAAGGAAACAUAUAAAGAUGCCAUAACUUCAGACAGUAGGGAAAAUACAUUACACCUCAGUGAUGAAAUAAAUUGUAACUCGCCAAAUCCAAAUGUAGCAACGAUUUUAGAACUUGAUGCAGAACAUCAUCUAAAAACUGCUGAUAUAGGCUUUAGAAAACCAAAUUUCAGGUACGUCCAAUCAACCAAAGACAGUGAACAGUCAGGAGGGGAUUUUUCAUACCAAGCUGGCGACCAUUUUGAAGUUUUAGCACAGCUCGAUUCUGAUUGGUUGUAUUGUAUAAAUGGGAAGAAAGAAGGUUUAAUCAGACAAGAAAAUGUUAGGCCAAUAACAGACGAGGAUGAAUUUAAAAAACUCCACAGUGAUUUUUACAGUUAGAAUUUUCAUUGGUUAUAUGAUCAUCUUUGUUUACAUUAAUUUAUUUGAGAAUUUAGUUUGAUGAGCAUUGAGAAUGUUAGCAUUAACUGUGUAAAGUGUACAGGGAGUUAUUUAACACCCUCGACUCCACACGAUCGUGUGACACUGUAUUUUAGACAAAUGUGUUUUCAUUAAUGAAACAUAGUAUGUAUGUAUUUAUAUGCUAGUUUAAUAGGUACUGUUGUUAUGUUGUUGCAGGCUACAGUAAAUUAAAAUUUUUAUUGCUAGAUUUAAGAAUAAAAAAUAUCUCUUAUGAGGACUUCAGGACGUGUCUUAUGAGGACUUGAGGACUAUUUUUUUCCAUCUGAUGGCAAUGAUUAUAUAUACUUAAGUAAAUUCUGAUAGUUUGUUUUCUCAUUUUUCGAAAGCCCAGCUUGAGAAAGGCAUGCAUCAUCAGCAUGUAACAAGAAAGUUCCUGAACUGGUCAAAGCCAAUAAAUAAUGUAACAAGAAAGUUCCUGAACUGGUCAAAGCCAAUCAAUAAUGUAACAAGAAAGUUCCUAAACUGGUCAAAGCCAAUUAAGGAAUGACUGUAAUAUUUUUUCUGUCUAUGAAGAAAUAACAUCAAAAAUGUGGUGCACACUGAAUAACUCGCAUGGCGGGUUAUUUUAAAGUGUGCGCCACAUUUUUGAUGUUAUUUCGAAUAGACAGAAAAAAUAUUACAGUCAUUUCUUAUAAUUUAAUUCUAAAUUCCAUUUUAAACCUGAGUAAACCAUGAAAAAACGUUGAUGACGUCACGGUCACAUGACAAAAUUAUGUCUAUGAGCUGAUAAACAAAACAACGUCAGCCAAUCAGAAGACGCAUUACAUCCAAAAUUAAAUUAUUGAAUAAUGCAACAUGUAUAAAAAAAAAAUAAUUGUCAAUAAUUUUCUCAAAUCAUGAAACAAUUGUGCAGGAGAAAUAUGAAAUAGCUUUGAGAAAAAGAAAUUGUAAACAGAGGGUACACCAAACAUGAAAUAAAAUUGUGGGGCGAUACUGUGGCUAUAGUUCAUUGUUACAUUUUACCUGUCAGAGUAAUGUACUGUAGAAACAGCAGUAUGGGAAAUAGUUAUUAAGAGGUAUCUAAAUUUCACAGAAAGUAUUGUUUUUAAAAGCUCAUCAAUAGAAAGGGAAACAACUCUGAUUGUAAUAAUAAUAAGAUGACAAUCCUAUAUCCAUAAGGCUGUUCCAGAAAUGUAUUUUACAGGGGUCGGGAGGCACUUUUCAUGAUAUCUUGUUGUGCAAAAGAUUUUGAUUAAACUUAUUUUCUUAAAAAAACAAUCCCAUCAGUCAAACUUAUUUUAAAGCCUUCCAGUCCCCCCUCUAUUCAGCCAUUUAUGGAAACCCCCAUUUGAAGACCUGUUCACCUCACACUCAUAAUUUGUAAAUGACGAAUAUUUCAUUUAAUGUGUUCAUCUUCACCCUAUCAAAAGAAUUAUAAUUGUAUGUGUCAAACAUUAACCAUAGAACUGUCAUCUACAAAUAUUAAAGUCAUAUAUUAGCAAUUCUAGUUGACGCCAGAGGAACUGUAUUUGGGGAUAACUAACUAAAGACUGGAUACAUUAUGAUUUUUUGUUCCUUUUACGUCUAGUAUCAGUUUAGGUCAUGUAAAACAAUGUUUUUCCUGACGUUAACUGGAAAUGCUACUUAUUUACAUAAUAAUCAUGAUUGUUAUUUUUAUCAUUGAUGACCUACAACUAGUCUAUUUAAUCAUGAUUGAUGAUCUAUAUCAUGAUUAUGGUUUUUAUGAUUGAUGAUGGAAAUCUAGUCUAUUUAAUCAUGAUUGAUGAUAUUUAUGUAGUCUAUUUAAUCAUGAUUAUGGUUUUUAUGAUUGAUGAUCUGAAUUAAUCAUGAUUAUGGCUUUUAUGAUCGAUGACCUAAGUCUAAUCUAUUUCAUCAUGGUGUUCAUUUUAAAUGCUUACAGCAACUGCAAAUCUAGUCUUAUUAAUUAUUUAAUUGGUGCAUUUAAAACUGUUUUAGUGGCAUAAAUAGCCUUGUGUGUGGCUUUAUUGUGAUUUUAUUGUAUUUUUUUGUUAGAUUUACUAUAUUUUGGAGGGGGUAGGGGGGAUAAUGAUAUUCCCUACACUGGAUGUUAAACAAACGACAUUCAAUUCUAUUCAAUUUUCCAUUUACCAAUGUAACAUUGUAUACAAGUUUUAGUUUAAAAACUAUAAACCUUUUGUUACUAAGAUGAAGAGAGCAUUAAAGCAAAAUUAGAGAGUGAAGAAAACGUAUUGUCUAAACUUGACCUCUAGAUAUAUCUAGUUGUUAGGUUGCUGUUCAAUUGACCUAUAUCUCCUUUUAUUCAAAUUUUGUAUAAAUUUAAGUACAACUUUUAUUUUUUUCUAGAUUUUCCAAAAUUUUUAUGUCAACAUUAAAACCUUUUCAAAUGUCCUUUGGAAGGGAGUUUGACAAAGCAUCUAUAUCCUUCCUUUAUUUGAUCCUCAUCUUACUUUUGGUUAGCUCUUAUUGAAUGAAUUAAUAAAGAAGGAGAAAAUUGUUUAUCUGGAAAUAGAUAUUUUGAUGGGUAAGAUUUUUUUUCAAAUUUAUGAACUAAACAUUUGGGAGGUUCCCUCCCACAGCUGGAGGGUAGAAUAGAUGGCUAUAUACACAUGUAUUUACAAUAUGAAAAUUAGUCCUAGUUAUUAUUUUUAACAAAUGUUCUUGAAUGCUGCUUUUAUAUGUUUGAACAUUUUGUUAUUUUAUAAAAUUUUGAUUGCUAUAUUACUAUAUAUUAAACCAUGUUUUAUGCACUGUUUGUUAUUUAAUGAUUAUUUAUUUAAUUAAUUUAUUUAUUUAUUAUACACAAUGUACAUGAUGUGCAAUAUAAAGGUUUUGAGUUGUGCUAUUUAGGUUGUUUAUUUACAUGUGCAAUAUUGUUUUUACUGGGCAAUCUUCACUUUACAUUUACGCCUUAAACAAACUGUUUAUUUAAUUAAUUGUAAUGCAGGGAGAUAACUCUAUGUUUUGUUCUAGCAGGGAGAUAACUCUAUGUUUUGUUCUAGCAGGGCAAUAACUCUUAUGUUUUGUUCUAACAGGGUGAUGAUAACUCUACGUUUUGUUCUAGCAGGGUGACAACUCUAUGUUUUGUUCUAGCAUGGUGACAACUCUAUGUUUUGUCCUAGCAGGGUGACAACUCUAUGUUUUGUUCUAGCAGGGAGAUAACUCUAUGUUUUGUUCUAGCAGGGCAAUAACUCUUAUGUUUUGUUCUAACAGGGUGAUGAUAACUCUAUGUUUUGUUCUAGCAGAAUGACAACUCUUAUAUUUUGUUCUAACAGGGUGAUGAUAACUCUACAUUUUGUUCUAGCAGGGUGACAACUCUAUGUUUUGUCCUAGCAGGGAGAUAACCCUCUAUGUCUUUUUCUUAAUCAUCAUGUACUGGUUAAUGCCCUUACGUUGAAUCAAUUAGAAAUGCUAAAUCAAGAGCUUAAAAAAGUUUUCUGAACUCUGAAAUAAUGUUGGAUGAAUUAUUAAACUAUCAACGUAGAGGUAGAAUUCCAUAAAAUUAUCAGACUAAAAAAUUAUCUUAAAAAACAUAUAUUUAUAAUUAUUUUUUAUUGUAGAAUGGUUCAGAUAAAAAACAAGAAAAAUGUGAUUCUUUGAGGCUUUUUGCUGGAUAUAGUUAUAAAAAUCAAAAACUUCCAUCAAAGUCAUGGAACUUAUUUAACGUUGUCCAUCAAUUUUGAAACUUAUAUAUGAUAGUGUAUUGCCAAUAAAUUGAUACUUAUGAUAAUUUUUAGGUAGUUUUAUUUUUAAGUCUUGAUAGACCGGAAGAAUUAGUGUUUAUGAUAUGCCUGCAUAAUACAUUUUCUAAGUUAUCUUUCACUAAAAUAUUUCUUAUCUGUCCAUUUUUUAUUUUUAGAAUUUUUAAAAUUCUACUGUUGUUAUGUCUGAAUCAAAGUCUAUUUAUAUAUGUUAUAUGUUGAUAUAUUCAUGGUUAUGUAAAUGUUUUGGAGUAAUAACUUGCUCUCUACUUAAUCAAAGCUUCCUAAUGCUUUUGAUGUAUUUACUUUAUAAUAUCCCACCAUUGUGAAUUUGACAUGUCUCAUCAUAGUAUUGUCAUUGCUUUAAGAAGACUGUGAUGUAAGCAAUCUGCUUCUGAAUUCUGUCUGUAUCUUGGAAAUUAGGAGAAUUAAAGAUAAAAAAUCAGAAAUAUUUGAAAAAAAUUAAUGCCGGGCUGUUCCAUAAUUUAUUAAAUAAGGGGGAUGGUUGAAACAGGAAGAACCCUGAUAUCAAGUUGAUUUAGUUGUCACUAAUUCUUGAAGGUUGCUUGGGAAAAUGUUGAACUACCUACCAAUAUUUAUUAUAUUGCAUAGUUCCUCCUGAAGAACAUUUUUGAGAGGAAAAUAAAGUAUUGGAGGGUUCACUAAUGGUUAAAACUGACCUUAUAAUAUUAUGUCAUUUUACAAGUAAAUGCAGUCAGUAAAGUGUAAGGAAAAUAUUUGUGAAAAUAGUUUAGAAAUGCAAAAUUAACAAGUUUUUCGAUCAUUGAAGUCACUGUGACCUAAUUAUCAGACACCUAACUUUGAUUGCUCAGAAUUUUCAAGGUACAAGACAGAAUGGGAGAAUAUAACAUCAAAACUGUAUUUAUUAUUAUUUGUUAUUUAUUUUUGUGAUCAUCUGUGAUUUUUGUUUUGUUUUCUGUGUGAAAUUUUUCUUUUAGAAAAUAAAAUUAGAUCUGUCAAAUAUA